GUGAUUAUAUUUUUAUUUUUUUUAUUUUACAAGGACGUCACUUGAAAUGACUAAACAUCAACAACACAUUCCACACCGUCCAGUUCAAAAUAUUACAGCGAGUUUAUUAAACACAUUAAAACAUUAUUUACUUUGCUUGAUAUAGAAAGGUAACUAAAACAAAAAAAACAAAGCAUUGUUACUAGGCAGAUUAACUCCCCUUUUUUCCGUUUUCUGAACACAUAAAUCCUUUCCGUCAACUUUUCGCGCACACAUAAUGACGUCACAUUCCGGGGCUCGUUUUUUGUCUUCAAUGAGAGUUGAUAAACAAUAACAGACAGGUACGUUGCCUGUGUUUUUAAAUUAACUUGACCAGCGAAUGUACAUCUAGGUGCAGACGUACAUUUAAUUUAAUUAACAAAAUAGUGUUUAUUGCAGAAUGGUUUUGUUUCCAACGAGUCUAACCGACGAAGAGGAAUCGCUGCAGAAAAAAUAUGCCAAGCUCAAAAAGAAAUAAAACCAGAAAUGGGUCAGACUGCUCUGCAAUGGGAGUCGUAUUUCCAUCCCUGCUUUAUUGUUGUGGUGUUUUAUCACAGAAAAAGGCGCUGAUGGCUUUAAAGAAACAGAGCUCGACCAGUCAGGCCACGCAGGGAGGGCUGAAGAGAACACUUUCAGACCAGCCGACUGUGGACACAGCCACAGCAACAGAGCAGGCGAAGAUGUUAAUAAAGACCGGAGCCAUAAGUGCAAUCAAAGCAGAGAACAAGAACUCAGGGUUCAAGCGCUCUCGCACCCUGGAGGGUAAACUCAAGGACCCAGAGAAAGGCCCAGUGCCAACCUUUCAGCCUUUUCAACGUAGCGUGUCUGCUGACGAGGAGAGCUCUGAGUCUUCAAAGCGUCCCCAGAGAAAAAUGCUGUAUGAGAGUUUUGUCAGCUCAGGCGCUCGCACACUUGGAGACUCUGACAGGGAGAGUGGGGAUGGAGUGCUACAGAACACAGGAGAGAGGGACCGAGAGCUGGAUCGAGAUAGGGACCGGGACAGGGACAGGGACAGGGACAGAGGGAGAGGGGACAGGGACCGGGAGAGAGACAGAGAGAGAGACGCACCAUUCAGACGCUCGGACUCGUUCCCGGAUCGGCGCCCCCCUCGGAAGGGGAACACGCUGUAUGUGUACGGAGUGGGGAUGAGCGAUGAGAGCCUGAGAGCAGCCUUCUCUGUGUGCGGCAACAUCAUAGACCUGUCCAUGGACCCUCAGAGGAACUGUGCUUUCAUCACCUUUGAGAAGAUGGAGUCAGCUGACCAGGCCAUCGCAGAGCUGAAUGGCAGGUGUGUCGGUGAUGUGAUUUUGAAAGUUAGUAUCGCUCGUAAGCAGCCCAUGCUGGAAGCUGCAACAGGGACGUCUGUCUGGGCCCCUCUAGCGGUUCAGAACAGUGCUAAAGGAUCCCACAGAGACAAGAGGAACCAGAUUGUGUACAACGAAGAUCUCUUCUGAGUCUCAAGACAAACAUUUACAUUGCAGUUCACUUUAUUUUUCUGCGUUUCCCCUGCACGAGAGUCAGAGAGAGAGCGAGACAGACCCUCCCCCCUUUCAGUCUCUCUGUGGCCUCAAACUGUUGCGGUGCGUGUGUUUUUGUGUGAUGCGGAUUACACUGCAAGUCCACUGUCUGUUCUUCUUGGGGCUAGGCAUUUGAGACCACUGACCUACCAAAUGUAUUUCACUUGUGACCUGAGCAAAAGUCUUGUGAAUUACAUUAAACCAUUAGCCCCACAGGAUUUUCACCUUCAGAGAAAGCCAAUAAGCAUGAAUGAGAGGCUGGUGAAACUGCUUGCUGUCUAUCUAUCUCUCUGUCUGUGCUAUCAAGCCCUACCGAGAUGGGAGGAUAGUCUACCGAAUUACCCGCUGCCCCACCUAGACCCCCCAGAUUGGAACCCAUGCCUAAAAGGUGAAAGGCAGGAAUGAAAGGCUUUUGAAUCCCCCUCCCCCUUUGAAAUUGUAUUGUGCAACUUUUUAUAGAGGGUAAAAAGGUCCCAAAUUCGCACUGGGGAAAAAAUUACAUUUAAACUAAUAUCAGUUAAGUGUGGCAUUCCAAUUCAAUAGACAAUAAAAUAAACAUUCAAAUAAA